AUGAAAGAAAAGCACCGACCAAGCAAACCAUCAGAGAACCACCAGAACCAGUUCCGUACUUCCAGAAGGCCCAGUCCGCCUGGUUCUUCAAUAACGAAGUCAAAGAGCACCACCGCGAAACGAGAACGAUCGCCAGAAUCCUCGGAGUCCUCAAAAGCCCAUAAACGAACCUCACUACCGAGCCUGCGAGCUCAACCUACUCUUACACAGAUCGACUUUGUGACGCAGGCCACAGCGUCAGAUGACGAUCAGCUCGACUAUCUUGAUGAACACCGUGAAAACACAAUCAACCAACCACAAAUAGAGGAUGGAUCUGACAAGGAUGCCGACUUUCUACCACCACAACAGGUCCGUUCCGCUCGACGUACAAAAUUCAAAGUGAAUGAACGGGAACACAUGUCAAGCGAACGCCCACAAAAACGAAGGAUCUCUGCGAUGGGAACCCGAGACAUAGAACAAAGGCCUGCGCCGAGGAGGAGUGUAACGCCAAGGGUCAGCAUCGGCCGUAAAGGCGGUCGAAAAUCCUUGGAGAAGUCCACAGGGAAGAGGGACAAGACCUUGACUCAGAUGGAUUUCGUGCGCCGUUUCAUUCCUAUCGACGACGAUGACGACGAUGUGAGUAUGGGGUAUAUCCAGCCUACCACAGACAACAAGUCUGUCAUCGGGAAACAAGAAGCAAAUUCUACGGAGGCGAAAAAACCACAACCUACGAAGCUUCUCAACUCGGCCAAGCGAAGCCGCAGAGUGUUCGAAGAGGAGCUGGACCUCUCGACAGGGGAGCCAAUAUCUCAACCUAAGGAUGCUCAAUAUUCCAAUUUUGGAGCUGAUAAUGCGAGUCACCGGGUAUCUGCAGCACCUUUGACGCCAAAAAACCCCCGAAGACGUGAGAUUCCUUCAUCGCAAUCUCCCGAGAGCCCUGGUUUAAUGAUGAUAACAUCUUCUCAAUUCCGAGGGGCCACCCACUCGCCUUCCAAACAGAAGCUCUUGGCCUCAAUUCAGCCCAUAAAAGCCAUCAAGGAGGAACCCCCGAAUCUCGGCUGGUUCAGAACUCCCAAGAUCCCAAAGAUGAUUUAA